AUGAUGAUUUCCCGAACUGUUUUUGUUCUUGCGUGCCUGGCCACCGUUAGUGGUAAGUUUUGCGACAUUUUUGAGUUUUUGUGACUUUCUCUUGUCACCAAAUUCUUUUUAGUUUGUAGUUUCUUCGAUUUUGCAUUGUUAUUUUUCCUAUUUUUAGCCGCCAAUCCCGCCAUUCUCCGGCAAUUCAACAAAUUGAUCAAUUCUGACGUCUGCCUCAAAAAAUGCAUGGACCAUCUUCAAGAGCAUGACAUUGAACUCUCGUUGGUCAAGCGCACCAACGUUACCGACCAUUUGCUCAACCUUGAGCUGGUCUGCGAGAUGAUUGGAUCGGCCAGAACUUGUCUGGACAAUUGCCAAGUCAAAUCCAAUCCGUUUGCCCUGCGCUCGGUGAACGCUCUGUGCAACCGCGAAACCAAGAAGAUUGUCGACGAAUUGCAGCCCUGCUUGACGCAACAUGGCCGUCAAAUCAACGAGGAAUGCAUUAAGGAGUGCGGAGACUACGAGACUUUCCACGAGCAGGUCAACGAAGCCUCGGCGAAAUUGGCCAAGCAGCCCUACUUUGACGCCGAAGCCCACAGCAACUUUGCCCGUAUGUCCAACGACGCUUGCGCCAUGUUCAAGUGCUCCCAGCGUUGCACUGUCCUCAAGACUUCGGCUACCUGCCCCCGCCUUCCCGACGGAAAUGAUGCCGGAGGCGCUGUUCGCUACCUCAUCGACUUGACCCUCCACACCCAUCGCGCCGACCUCGAUGGAAUGAGAUUGACCAACAUCAUGGCCACUCAAACCGAGCCCGAAUGCAACUACCUCUAUGCCCCCGAGGUCAUGUUCGACGUGCAACGUGAUCGCAUGAUGGUCGCCUCUCUUCAUGCUCAGCAAAAGAAGAUCAACGAGGACAUCAUUGCCGGACGCAGACCUCAGUUCACCACCCCGUCCAGCCUUCACCACAACCACAAGGAAGAGGUCGUUGUGCCCAUGGACCAGGAGGCUGAUCAGGUGGAGAAGGAACUGCACAAUAUUCUUCACACCUUCGAACACCCCAAACACCUCUAA